AUGGACAACUUCAGUCCUGGUCAGUAUGAUCGUUUCGAGUCGUAUAGGAGGCAUGCCUUGCCAAAGCAAGCCGUCCGAAAGGUCAUUCAGCAAACUUUGGGGUACCAAGUCUCCCAGCCUGUCGCUCAAAUCAUAGCUGGUUUUUCCAAGGUUUUUGUGGGUGAGAUCGUUGAGCAAGCGCGAGAGAUUCAAAUGCGUCGUGGUGAGACUGGGCCCCUAUCGCCGGAUCACCUUCGCGAAGCUUACAGGGCCUAUCAACAAGAAACUGGUCGAGUUGGCGCUGCUCGACCAUUGAGAGCGAAAAAGCUUUUUGUGCGCUAG